AUGAUUAGAAACAAGUAUUUUAUUUAUUGCACUAUUAUGUGUCUGUGUGCUAACGUCUUUAACUAUGGAAGGAUCAUAGAGGAUAAGCGAUUGAUCUCAGCUAAUCUGGUUUUCAAGGCCUAUAUACCUGCAAAACUGUCUUUCUGGGGGAUUUUCGUUUGGGAACACAUACACGUACUUGGGCUGAUAACACUGGAAACAUCCAUGGAUAUACUUAUCUUCACUGUUGUAUCUCUAACCAUUAUACAGAUCAAGAUGCUCAAGCUUGAGAUCAAAAAGAUCUUCGAGGACGGCGCAGGAAGUGAUUCAGAUUUUGGAGAACAAAUGAGAAAGUGUAAUGAGCACCACACAUUGAUACUGAGGUAUGAAUACUGA